AUGCCCGACCCUUCUUUGCUUUUGCAGACUUUCUUCAUUCUGUCUGCUUUUACGGUCUUAUUGCUGAACAGCAUUCCUGCUGUCAGGGCACGCUACAUUGCAUACGGUUCGCGAGCAAUACCAGUCAAGAAUAGUGAUCAGUGUCAUCAUGGAACCAACAAACCUGCCGAGAAACGUAACGCACACGCGAGUAAGACACUGGAAUGGCUUCUCGAGCGUUUAGAUGCUAUACAGGUGCCUCAUAGAUGGUUCCAACAUUUCUAUAUUAUCUCGGUGUGCUCUUCCCUGUUCUGGGGGGUGCAGAUUCUUGCGAAAGGAUUUGUGCUGGAGAUGCUAUGUCGGAGCGUAGGGCCCAACACUCAAGCCAACGGCAUGACAGUGGAUCAGGUUGUCUUGACUUGGUCUCUUGUGACCGUACAAGGAAUUCGGAGGCUUCUCGAGACUAGCUUUCCCGUCAAGUCAUCCAGGUCGAACAUGUGGUUCGUCCAUUGGCUGCUUGGCAUAGCAUUUUAUCUGGCUCUAGGUGUUUCGUGUUGGAUCGAAGGAGCAGACGCCUUGCUCUCCGCAGAACCGAUCACCUCCAACACCACCCUCUCCGCACUAUCUCUAAAAGCAAUCAUCGGCAUUCCAAUCUUUGUACUGGCGUCCGGUGUACAGCAUGACUGCCAUGCUUAUCUCGCUUCGUUACCAAAGUACACACUCCCGGUACACCCUAUAUUUCAGAGCUUUAUCUGCCCUCAUUACACAAUGGAGUGUCUGAUCUAUUUGUCUUUGGCUUUCGUAGCUGCGCCUAAGGGUGCUUUGAUCAACAGGACAAUGUUUACUGCAUUUGUCUUUGUAUCAGCUAACUUGACGGUGAGUGCGACGACGAGUAAAAAGUGGUAUGAGCGGAAAUUUGGGAAAAAAGCGGUGGCUCACAGAUGGACCAUAGUACCUGGCCUGUACUGA